UCUAGGGUUCUUACCAUUUUGCGAUACCAAAAAUAUCAAAUUGCCGACGGCGGUGGCGAGAUUAGAUCGGUUCUUCGGAAGCGGAGAUGGAGGUGGGCAUGGAGAUGGAGCGCAAGAAGAGGCCUAGGAAAGCGUGUGGAAAAGCUGCCAAGGCAGAGGCAGAGGCUGCGGCGGCUGCGGCUGCGGAAGCUGCUAGGGCGGCGGCGGCGGAAGAAGAAGAAGAAAGGUCCUGGAAGUGGCGGGAGGAGUUCGAGAGAGGGCUGGCAAACCCUCCGACGCCCGAGGAGCUGCGCGAGCGCGAGGAGAGCUGGGACAAGUUCUGCAGCGAAUCGUGGGAGAGGUUCCGCGAGAGAUGGAUCGAUGUCUGGUCGCACGGCAAGAUCCCCUUCGAUGCCGUCACGCAAAUCCCCUGCAUGCGUUUCACGGACGCCAACUUCAGGCGCCCUGGUUUCCCGUACAUGGUCAUGCCGGAGGACACACUGCAGAUCGUCUCCGUCCAAGUCAAGGACCUUACUGGUGGCUUGCAGUGGCCCCUCGAUGUCUACGGUGUCGUCGCUGUGCGCGAUGGGGUGGAUCGCAUGCGAAAUGUGGUUUUCAGCCGUGAAAGGGACGACUGCCAGAGUAUCAAUGAGCAGGAUUCAUACCUAACACUGACAGGUCCUAGCCGCGGUGUUGUCAUGUCGCAUGAUAACUCACAUUUGGAGGUUAAACUCAAAGUGAAGGGUACUACUGAAUCUGAAGAUAAAGAUUUAAACAAAUUUGUGGACUCAUACAGGUUGGGCUGCUUCCUUCCUAUUGAGUACACUAGCAAGCUUUGCACAGUGGAGAUGCAAUACUACACUGCUUAUAGUUCUGUGGAGGCCACAAUUUUUGUUCGAGUCUUUAAAGGGCGAUGGCCACAUGGUUUUCGAGGUGUACUAACUGCUAGUACCUCCAAGAAAAGAGACAUCCAAAUCUCACUGCUUGAACUUAAUUGUGAUAAAUUGCCUGUUGAUGCCGAUGGCUUUGUCAAGUUAUCAAGACGUGUUAUUUGUGUUGAAAAGGAUGGGAAGCUGGGGCUGUCUAUCUUACAACGUGGUGCAGGUGGGGAAGAAGGCCGAGCGAUAGCUGGUAUUUGGAUUGCAGCUGAAGAUGCCGGAAAAGCCACUCAUUACAUGCCUGUGGAGGCGCUCGACUGCUGGAUGGAAGUUACAGUAGCAUGGUCUCUUUUCAGCAUUUGAUCUUAUCCUCGUCACUAGUUAAAUUUAUGUUUGCCUUCGUUGCUAGACUGGUUUAUGUAACUGUAGAGAAGUGGCUUGUCAAUUAGUGUGAACUGGUGUGUGGUUUGUGUAGUAACUAGUAACUAGUGGUCGAUGCUUUUGUAUGGGCAAAGUUUUAUACCACUUUAAGUAUUCUUGGAUUCUCUUUCUAAUUCUGCUAAGUAACGUGAACCAUGUCUUGUUCU